GUCAAGAUACUGGGAUGACUGUAUGGACGUGGGCCCUGGGACGCUCCAUAUCUGCGCGUCCACGCGAGGCACCUGCCCCCCUCCCCACCAGCCAACACUUCCAUGAUGCACAGGUAUUUAGUGGUCGGUAACUUGAGAACCUACUGCCAACACGUCUAUGAUGCACAGGUAUUUAGUGGUCGGUAACUUGAGAACCUACUGCCAGUGCUUCCAACGACAUAUCCCCCUACAUGUGUGUCUGGUGCCUCACCACGGCUGUAUGCGUCAUGCCAGUGCAUGGAACACUGUGUUAGUCCGCUGCGUGUCACUACCACUACGACGACUAAUCCGACUACGAGUGCAGCUACCCGGGACAGUAUCGUGUACGGUGAUCCCGUCCACCACCCAGUCCUGGCCAAUAGAUGAGGUUGACAGGAGGCAGUUACGAUCCCGUUACGACUACCGCAACUACUACUAACACUAAGUUGUAAGCCCCACCAUGAAGACACAUGACGACGAGGUCCCAGUCAAUGCGAACACACGUAACGACCAGGGCCCAGCCAAUGAGAAGUCACGUGAUAGCAACGUCGCAGCAAAUGAGAAGUCAAGUGAUAGCAACGUCGCAGCCAAUGAGAUUCCACAUGUCGGCAAGAGCCCGACUGAUGAAACGGAAAGUCCUACCAAGGAGGAAGUAGCGUCAUCUCCGAAUGUAACACCUGACAUAAAGGUCUACAAACGACGAUGGUACAUCCUAGCCUUGUUCUCCCUGAUGGCGGGCCUACAAGCCGGAGUUUGGAACCAAUGGGGGCCUAUAGCUAGGACCAGUGAACGCAUGUAUGGCUGGACGGACUCGGAUAUUGCGUUACUUGCCAACUGGGGACCAAUCAUGUUUCUCCCUUCAUGCCUAGCGUGGUCUUGGUUACUGGACACUAAAGGGUUACGUCCGACAUGUCUGCUGGCGUCUGCCUUGAUAGCAGCGGGGACAGGCGUACGCUGUAUCACCCAGUCACAGCCCACCUUCACCUGGUUGGUUCAUACAGGUCACAUAUUGAACGGACUGGCCGGCCCUAUCGGUAAAGGAGGUGUGGCAAAAUUGUCGGCAGUUUGGUUUCCGCGCGAGGAGCGCACAACGUCAACGACUAUAGGUUUUGUAGUCAUUGGUCUGAGCCUAGGACUGACGUUUCUGGUCGGACCCCUGCUGGUGCCGGAAAUGAAGACUUUCCCGACCAAUGCCACAUUCAGCUCCUUUGACAACGUCACAUACCACGUUGGGAACACCACUGUAGCCGAUGCCAUUACUGAGCACAAAAGGACCAUAGCCUUCUACCUGUAUGGCACGUUCGCCGUGUGCGCGUUCCUCUUCCUCCUGAUGUGUGUGUACUUCCCCAACUCGCCCCCUCACCCGCCAUCUGUGUCCGCAUCUAAAGCCAGGAUGGACUACGUUGCCGGUCUCAAACACUUGGCCAGAAAGAGGCGCUUCUGGCAGAUCGCAGUGGCUUAUGGGCUGUCGACAGGGACGCGAGAUGUUUGGGGCUUUGCCAUGUUAGAUGUCAACUUAAAAGCGCAUGGUAUAUCUCAGGCUGACGCUGGGUGGCUGGGGUUCUACGGCUUCCUGGCAGCUGCUGCUACUGGCAUCAUCGUUGGAAGGUUUGCAGACCGAUUUCAGCGCAGACUACGUCUGAUCCUCGUCCUGCUUGAUGUUCUGGCAUUGCUGAGUUUCCUCUGGAUGAUUCUACUCAUCCUUAACAUCAUCCCCAGGACAAGAGAGGAGCUGUAUGCCGCGAACAUUGUAAAGAGUGUUGUGAAUGGAGCGGACAGUCCCUUGUUUUUCGAGCUGGUGUGUGAAGUCUCGUAUCCUGUGGCUGAGGGCAUCACCAACCUCAGUCUGACUGCCUUCAACAAUGUCGCAUCCCUCAUAUUCCUCGGGGUUCUCUCCAUCAGAAAUAUUGGCACUGUAUGGAUGAACUGGUUUCUCAUCGCCGCGUUCUCCGUCUCCAUCAUGUUGCUGGUGCUGCUUGGGGAGGGGAGGAAGCGGUCUGAUGUCGACGUCCAGAGACGUGAACAUGAUGAGGAGAAGUGAACAUUCAUCAUCGUGCUGUACGUGGAUUGUGUCACACUAAAACGGGUUCAUGUCUGUGUGUGUCAGUGAACUGCAACUGGUGAUUAGUGGUGUGUUUAUUGUAUUGUAUUACUAUACUGGUGUGUGUGGACAAAGGCUGUGAAACUGUGAGGAGCUUUGGAGGAAAUGUUUUUAUAUCCAUGACCUCAUACCAGUAAUAAAGUUAUUAACGUGUUUUGUAA